CGGCUCUCGCGAGAGCGGCGCGCGGCGGGGCGGCGGGAGCCAUGCUGCGGGCGGUGGCGGCGCAGCGCCUGGCGCGCGCGGCAUCGCUGCUCCAGAGGUUUCAGAGUACAUUAGUGAUAGCGGAACACAACAAUGAAACUCUUACACCCAUUACACUAAAUACUAUCACUGCGGCAAAACUACUUGGAGGUGAAGUCUCUUGUUUGGUAGCUGGAACCAGCUGUGACAAGGUAGCACAAGAAGUCAGCAAAGUGCAGGGUGUUGCAAAAGUUCUAGUGGCUCAGCAUGAUGUAUACAAGGGAUUUCUAGCAGAGGAGCUGACUCCCUUGAUUUUGGAAGCUCAUAAAAAAUUUAAUUACACCCACAUUUGUGCUGGAGCAUCUGCCUUUGGGAAGAAUCUAAUUCCCAGAGUGGCUGGCAAACUUGAUGUUGCUCCUGUUUCUGACAUUAUUGAGAUUCAGUCACCCAACAUUUUUGUGAGAACUAUCUAUGCAGGAAAUAUUCUUUGCACUGUACAAUGUGAUGAAGCAAUUAAAAUAUUUACUGUACGAGGAACAUCUUUUGAAGCUGCACCAACAAGUGGUGGUAGUGCCAGUUUAGAAAAGCUAACCCCUCCACCACCUGUGGGCCUGUCUGAGUGGAUUGAGCAGAAGGUGACUGAAAGUGAUCGACCAGAGCUAACUAGUGCCAAAGUUGUUAUAUCAGGUGGGAGAGGCUUGAAGAGUGGUGAAAAUUUUAAGUUGCUUUAUGAUCUUGCGGAUCAACUGCAUGCUGCAGUUGGAGCUUCCCGUGCAGCUGUUGAUGCUGGCUUUGUUCCUAAUGACUUGCAAGUUGGACAGACGGGCAAAAUAGUAGCACCAGAACUUUAUAUUGCUGUGGGAAUAUCGGGAGCAAUCCAACAUUUGGCCGGGAUGAAAGACAGCAAGACCAUUGUUGCUAUUAACAAGGAUCCGGAAGCUCCCAUUUUCCAAGUGGCAGACUUUGGCCUGGUGGCAGACUUAUUUCAGGCGGUGCCGGAGAUGACGGAGCUCCUGAAGAAAAAGUGAGCAACAGUGACAGACUCUGCACUGCAGCUGGGAUGUGGGAAUGAGUGCCAAUAAAGGAUUGUACUGGAAA